AUGCCACAUCUCACACCCCACAACACAUCUCUCACCACGUCACAUCUCUCGCAUCACACCCCACACCCAACAUGUUACAACACCCAUCUCACAUCCUACAUCUCAAACACCAUGCUGUAUCUCACACCCCACAACACAUCUCACACCACGUCACAUCUCUCACAUCACACCCCGCACCCAACAUGUGACACCACCCAUCUCACAUCCUACAUCCCAAACACCAUGCUGUAUCUCACACUCCACAACACAUCUCUCACCACGCCACAUCUCUCGCAUCACACCCCGCACCCAACAUGUGACACCACCCAUCUCACAUCCUACAUCUCAAACACCAUGCCACAUCUCACAUCCCACAACACAUCUCUCACCACGCCACAUCUCUCGCAUCACACCCCGCACCCAACAUGUGACACCACCCAUCUCACAUCCUACAUCUCAAACACCACGCCACAUCUCACACCCCACAACACAUCACACUCCACAACACAUCUCACACCACGCCACAUCUCUCGCACCACACCCCGCACCCAACAUGUGACACCGCCCAUCUCACAUCCUACAUCCCAAACACCGUGCUACAUCACACCCCACAACACAUCACACUCCACAACACAUCUCCCGCAUCACACCCCACACCCAACAUGUUACCCCACCCAUCUCACAUCCUACAUCUCAAACACCACGCCACAUCUCACACCCCACAACACAUCACACUCCACAACACAUCUCACACCACGCCACAUCUCUCGCACCACACCCCGCACCCAACAUGUGACACCACCCAUCUCACAUCCUACAUCUCAAACACCACGCCACAUCUCACACCCCACAACACAUCACACUCCACAACACAUCUCACACCACGCCACAUCUCUCGCACCACACCCCGCACCCAACAUGUGA